AUGGAGUUUAACCUCACUGAUCGCUGUGAGCAUUUCUUCUGUCCAGAGAGAUCUGUAUCUCCUGCAGUUUAUAUCUUGCUGUAUGUGUGUGGAGCUGCUGUGGUUCUUCUAACAGUGUGUGGAAAUCUGCUCGUCAUCAUCUCUGUUCUUCACUUCAAGCAGCUUCACACACCGACCAACAUGCUCAUGCUCUCUCUGGCCGUGUCAGAUUUCUUCAUCGGUGCUUUAGUGAUGCCGUCGAUGUUAAUCUGGACGAUCGAGUCGUGCUGGAUUUUGGGGAAAAACUAUUGCGCUUUAUUUUUAAUAACUACUGGAUUCCUCAUGAUUGUGUCCAUAUACACUGUCGCUCUUAUCGCUGUGGAUCGUUAUGUGGCUCUUUCAGCCCCAUUUUUCUACACAAACACAAUCUCUCUAAGGAUUAUGAUAUUCGUGGUUUAUUUGAACUGGUCUGUAAAUCUUGCAUAUGUCUUAGCGCUCACUUAUUUCAAUGGAAUUUUCAACAAUACUGUAGCGUGCCCUGGAGAGUGUUUUCUCAUUCUGACUGAGGUUUGGACUGCAGUUAAUCUUGUAAGAUCAUUUAUAUUUCCACUUUCUGUUAUAAUCAUAUUGUACAGUCUGGUUUUUCUGAUCGCUAAGAAACACGCCACUGCUAUCAGAGAGCUUAAUAAUCACACACGACCUCAAACACAGAAAAUCACCUCCCACUCCAUGAAAUCUGAGAGAAAAGCAGCCAAAGUCCUCGGCAUUUUAGUGUGUGUGUUUCUGGCGUGUUUACUUCCUUAUUAUAUUUACAGUCUGUUAGGGAGUGUUAUUGAAGUACAGGGAGAAAUAAUCAACAAAGUUUUGAUCAUGCUUUGUCUAAAUUCCAGCAUUAAUCCUCUUAUUUACGCUCUGUUUUAUCCGUGGUUUAGGAGGUGCUUUAAAAUAAUUAUAACUCUGCAGAUAUUCCAGAGAGACUCUGCAUUAAUCAAUGUUUUUUCUUGA